AGAAUGCCGGCUCGUCAGAGGCCUGGACUUUCCACCUGGAAUCAAAGCCCUUGCCUUUCCGGACGGCCCGGUCCGUCUGAGACCCUAGCUCGCAUCGUCCUAACUAGGGGAGGAGAGUGCAGUGUUCACCGGAUACUCACGCCCCGAGGGAAGGACCGGUGGAUAUCUGGCACAUGGCGUGCGACGGUAGGCAGCGAGGAGGGCGUCCGGGCUCCAGUAUCCAAGCCCCGUCAUGGGAUUGCAUGCACAAGCGGAAAGGAGUUUGCAGCCAUUUCCGUUUAUUGCUUUUCAAUUUGCUCGCGAUUUCUUUCCCGUCUCCGGCUCGAGGAAGCGCAUCACUUUGACUCGACUCUCUCGUCGUUGCUGCUCACCAUUGUCCAGCCCAUUCAUCGGUUCGGAAAAGCGUAUACCGACAGACCACACAAAUGUACUGACAAUGACAUCCAGCUACAUCUGGACUCGCUGCCCCCAGUCUGGUCUACGCAGUUUGAGUGCCAGAGAACGUCGCAGUGUGACUGGGACUUCGAAAUUCUACGGUACGGGGUUGGUGGAUGGUGGUGUGUACAGGGAGAGGAUGUCCUCACAAGUCCCAAGUUUAUUAGGUCUGUCGCCCCCCAGUUAUUAAAUAAUAGAAUACAGUCCGGCAUCUCUGUGGGAGUGUGUUCCAGUGCUGCGCUGAUCAAAUACUUAUCACCGGUCCUACCAAAAGUUAGCCAAAAGCACAUAUCACUGGUCCAAACGCGCACCCUUGACCAACAACAAUUUAGUUACCAUUCUGGAAACUCACUGGAAGACGCGAGCGAGUAUGAGUGACAGAGCCUGUGAUUGUAUUUUCUUCUUCUCUGAUCCUCAACACGCCUCAGGCUUCAACGCCAUCUCAAUUAUUCCAGAUGAAAUGAAGUGAAGUGAAACUGCCUCUCGACUAAUUUGUGAAAUAUUUCAAAAUGUAUGAAAUUUCAAGCUUGAACCACUUUGAGCAAGUGCUCGCUACGGCGACGCCGUGCACUUGAUUUUGAGGAAGAAAGGUUGGAGGGCCGGGGCGUAAUCAAGAAGGAAAAGUGUGAGAGAAGGCUGGAUCGGGAAGAAGGUCCUGGUGGAUGCAAGCCUAUUCAGAGUCGGAACGGUCUCUACGAGAAUUUCAAUAAAGUAGGCCGGAGUAAUCAAAUCAAGGAGGUCUACCUCAGUUCGCAAGUGACCACGCAAGCUCCAAACGAGCUGAGCAUCAUGACUCAUGAAAUUUGGACACGCGGAGGUCAGAGUGUACCUUUCUUACGUAAUGUGGAGAGAGUAGAGAUUUCGCAAGCUGUACAGAUUUUCGUUUGCAAACUGUGUCUUCGGGACAGGUCAAUCCGUCGAUAGAAAAGAAGAUGGCGAAAUGAUUGGGAGGAUGGUGGCGUUCUUGACAAGAGUCUACGAAUGGUCCAGGGUGUUUAGUCCUAAUUUGUACCUUUUUGCACCCAAAGGCGGGAUUUAUUUAGCUUCUUCUACGGUCUGGACCAGAGAACUUGGACUUCUUUGGUCACAUGAUUAUGGUGUGACUCCCAUUCAAGCGGCCGAAGUACCUUCCACGGCCUGCAUUGUCUGCCGAAGACAAACAUUUGACCUUUUUCCCAUUUCAGUACCAUUACCUCUAUGUCAUCUGACUUGCAGUUCCUUGCAUAGUAGGAAGAAAUACCUUUUCUCCCACAACAUGACCCCACUCGAUGAAGAAGCGGGAUCACGCUCCGCCUGUGUUUGAGACAAAUUUUCGUCGAAGGAUCGAAAGUGCGUCUAGACUAGACUUUCACCCCGCUGAUCUAGUCACUGGCUACAAGUAAACGUCAACUCAUCGAGUCUUUCUCGUUCGGUGCACCAUGCGAGAUGGGCCGCAUGACAAGAAGACAUAACACGAUGCGUCAACGAGUCUGGAAGUGUGCCUCCGCAAGACCCUUCCGAAGGCGGCCAGAAAGCGUCGGACUCCAUAAAUGCCGACGACAUGGCGACCCCCUUUCUCGAGAGAAUCGUCAUGUCGAGACCUAAUGUAAUGCCCGCCUUCCGAACUCCGAUGCAUCCUCUUCGUGCCGUGCAAAGACCGAGUCAGAUUCAGAAUCGGUCGCUCGCAGGCGGUGGAAGAUACUCAGCCCUCGGGCAUGCGACGCAAUAGAAAUAGAAGAAGAAGACGACGAAGGGAACUCACGAGGAGAGAGCCACGCCCAAAGCCGAAGGCAGCCGAGGCCCGUCAACGAGGGCGGCGCC